AUGUUACUCGACAUUGCCGUCUUUCUUGCUGUUUUGAAUGUCAAGAAAGAAUUGAAUUGCUCCGGUGCUUUCAAAGCCGUUACGGCUUUAGGCAACAUCGCAGUUGGCCUGGCGUCUUUGCUCUUGAUGAUCCGAGCCGUUGCAAUAAAUGCGUCAAAGAAGAAAUAUAUGAUACCACUAGCAGUCGUAUUAGGCGCCAACUGGGGAACCCUGCUUCAUGCGGUGUCUGUCGCGGAUGCUGUCUGGGAUCCUCAAUCAUCAUCUUGUUCGCCGGUCGGAACAUCCAGGUUCAAACCCAACGUCCUUACCAGCUUCGCCGCGGACUGCGUUUUCAUGGGCGUUAGCUUCGUCUCCCUUCUCCGUAAGGAGGGACUGAGUCGGCUCUGGCGGAUGUUGUAUCGCGAGGGCCUGAUUUGUAUGGGCGUCGCGACCGUGGCGUACCUGGUUCCUUCGGUGUUCCUUCUUCUGAAUCUAAAUGACAUAAUGAACUACAUGUUCCAGCCGUUCGCUUCGAUAGUUAUGGUCACCUGUUCUACCAGGAUGUACAGAGAACUAUCGGAGUUCUUGUCACCACAGGUGCUCCCCAAUCCCGCUAUCUCCACUCUGUCUACCCUCGAAUUUUACAAACCGAGCUCGAGGGUGUUGCGCCCAGGAAUGGACAAAUCCAUGGCAGUUCGAGUCCAGAUGGAAACCACAACCGCUACCGAAAGUACGUUUGGUACCACGGACUACACCCAGAGCGGUGAUGAUUCCUCGAGCUUGCAUUUCGCUCGACCUUGA